GCGGCGCGAGUCCUGGGUCCGGCCAUGGAGGGGACCAGCGAACCGGUGCUGGAUGCUAGUUCCAGACUUAUAGAUUUCCAGUGGAAACUUGGUAUGGCUGUGAGCUCGGACAGCUGCAGGUCUCUUAAAUAUCCUUAUGUUGCAGUGAUGCUGAAAGUAAUGGAUCCUGCAGGCCAAGUAAAGAGCAAAUCGUUUGAAAUGACAAUUCCACAGUUUCAGAAUUUCUACAGACAGUUCAAGGAAAUUGCUGCGGUUAUUGAAACUGUGUGAUGAUUAUCUCAUUGAUAAAUGAGCACCAUCCUUUGAAAAUCAGACUUCACUUUCUGCAACAGAACUGCAUAAGGUUCAAAUCACAUUUGUUGAAUAAAUAUUGCACUUCUGUUUUUCUAUUUUUU